CCGCUCCAUCCACUCGCUCCGCUCUCUCCCAUCUCCGGUCUCGCUUGCUCGCUCGCCGUCGCCGCCUCCUCCUCCGCAGCCGCCGCCGCCGCCGCCGCGCCGGGAUGGCCGCGCGGAGCCCCUACUUCGUCCCCAAGAGCGAGGGGGUCCGCGCCGGGGAGUCGCCGGCCGCGGCGCUCCGCCGGAUCCUCGCGUCGCCGGGGGCGCACCAGGCGCCCUGCUGCUUCGACGCGCUCGGCGCCCGCCUCGUCCAGCGCGCGGGGUUCCCGAUCUGCUUCAUGGGAGGUUUCUGUGUUUCUGCCGCCCGACUUGGUUUGCCAGAUGUUGGUCUCAUCUCAUAUGGGGAGAUGGUAGAACAAGGGCGUCUGAUCACUGAAGCAGUGUCAGUACCAGUGAUUGGGGAUGGAGAUAAUGGCUAUGGAAAUGCUAUGAACAUUAAGAGAACUGUGAAAGGGUAUACCAAUGCUGGUUUUGCUGGAAUUAUGCUUGAAGAUCAGGUGGCGCCAAAAGCAUGUGGACAUACUGAAGGAAGGAAAGUUAUCUCAAGGGAGGAUGCAGUCAUGCACAUAAAGGCUGCCGUAGAUGCUAGGAAGGAGAGUGGUUCUGACAUUGUUAUAAUUGCAAGGACAGACUCUCGUCAAGCUGUCUCUCUUGAUGAAGCAUUAUGGAGAGUACAAGCUUUUGCUGAUGCUGGAGCAGAUGUUCUGUUCAUUGAUGCCCUUGCUUCAGUAGAAGAGAUGAAAGCCUUUUGUGCAGUUUCACCUAAAGUACCAAAGAUGGCAAACAUGUUAGAAGGUGGAGGUAAAACUCCCAUAUUGAGCCCUGCUGAACUUAAGGAGAUUGGUUUUAGCCUUGUAGUCUACCCAUUGUCCCUAAUUGGGGUAUCGAUGCGUGCAAUGGAGGAUGCUCUGAUCGCAAUAAAAAAUGGUGGUGUACCCCCACCCAGUAUCUUGCCAUCUUUUGAGGAGAUCAAAGAUACUCUUGGUUUUAAUCGCUAUUACAAAGAGGAAAAACAAUAUGUUGUCCAGCAAGCCCAGUCACCCCCAAAUGGUAUAGUACUUCGAUUAAAGAUCACAGAAAAAAGUGGAGCGCAAAAGAUAAAUGAAGGGAUACCUGCUGGAAUCUUAGAAAAGAUGUCAAAGGUUAUUCCAGGCUUGGCUGGCGUCAAUUUCACGGAAAUACUUCAAGGUGCAGAUCAGUCCCAGAAAGGAAAAGUGCUGCUUGAUCGUGAGGAUGCAAGUGGCGACAGGAUCCAGGUGUCCAUCGAGUGAUCAGUACCAAAAUUGCCUAGAAGUAUAUGGACUGAGUUGAGCUUCCACCGGCCAGGAAUGUUAGAGCAAAUCGCCACUAUAUUGAAGCAGACGAUUUUACAAGUUGUAAGGGUAGUUGCAUAGCACAGUACUUUGAAGACUUUUGAGUUGCAUUUUGUGGCGUCAAUAAUCCUGGAUUCUUAUGUUAAUUCAAAUAAAAGAAACCAAUCGUCAGGGACUUCAGAA